AAAAGGAAAAACAAUAGCGCCAAGUCUUGCCGCUAGAUUUUGAAAAAUAAAAUUGAAACAAUAGAGAUUUACAAAAGAAAACAAGAAAAAAAAAAAAAAAGAGAAAUCCUUCUUCCAUUCUGGAUUAGAAAAAGAGUUUUAUCUUCUUCUCUGUGAAUUCUGAUGGAGUUAAACACCUCUGAUCCUGAGGUAAAUGCUUAAUUCGUCUUACUCGCUUUCACUUCCGUCAGAACCUCCGGAUAUAGGAAAUUGGUUUCCUAGUUACAAAUAUGAAUCUUUUGUGCUGGAUACUUAUGAUGAUGCUUUUGGAGGUUCUGCUUUUAAGGAAAGUGAUUGUGAUGGAGGUGAUGGGUGUGUUGUUGAUGGAGAGAAAAAUAUAAAGAGAGAAGGAAAUUUGGGUGAAUGUAAAAGAAAUGGUAACAGUGAUGAUAAGCAAGAAGAGCAGGAUCUAAAUCCAGAUUCUGUGCACUCUCUAUCACACCUUUCUGAGCCUCCUCACAUCAGAAACUGGUUUUCUAGCUAUGUGUAUGAGUCUCCUGAGCUGGAUACACUUGAUGAUCUUAAACUAUCAGUUACUAAAGAAUGUGAAUAUGAGAAAGGAAUGGCUUCCGAGGAAAACAAUGGAACAAGGGAAUACAAUCUUCAUGAGUCUAGGAAUUCCUGGAAUAGCAAUGGAGCAGUUGCUGGUGGAGUAGCAAUUAAGUGUGCGAAUUCAAUUGAAGACACGUCUAGCAACAAGACUUCAAGCCAGAUUCCUGAUUCUUCACAUUCAUCUCCAAUUCUGUUGGAGCCACCAGACAUUAGAAACUGGUACUUUAGCUAUGUGCAUGAAUCUCCAGAAACCAAUGAAUGUGUUGGUAAAGAAACUGAACGUGGGGAAGAUGGACUUGUUAAUCAUCAUGAAGCUAAAGGAAGGAACUUGUGCAAAUUUGGACAAAGUAGAAAUACAGAUGAAGUGAUUAUUGACGAGGAAGUAGGACCAAAUGGAUUUUUAAAGUUUGACAACUCUAUAAGAGAUGAGCUGGAAAACCAGUCACUGAAUAAGGGUAAUAAGGCUCCAGGGAGUCCGAGCUCUUCUAAUUGGGAUAACUUGUGCUGUGAAAGGGGACAGAACCUGGAAUAUAAAAUAUGUACCAAUCAUCACAGUAGUUCAAUCAAAGAUCCUGAAAAAGAAAACUUGAACCAUGAAGAUCCUCCAUGUAGACAGCAGCAGAAGCAAAAUUUCCUCCAAGAAGCUGAUGUUGUAUCAUGUAACGGCGACACGGAUUCAAGCAAUAACAGUAGGAUAUCUCCAACAAGGUUGUUUAGUGGGACUGCUCAAAGAGAAGACGUUUUAUUAACUGUUGCUGGAGAUUCAAUGAGAAAACCAACUUGUGGAAGCAAUGACAAAGAAAAUGUAAGAAAAAAAGUGGAAAAUGGUUUUGUGACAACAAAGAAGCACCGAGUGAGACCAAAUGAUGAGAAUUCUUUCCCAAAGCCACAAAAGGUUUUAUCAGAAUGUUCAAGAAAGAAAAGGGAAACAUCAUCAGAUGGAAAUGAUGCUAUGGAAAGAAAGGUUUUGUGGGAAAGAACCAAUUUAGAAGUGGAACAUAUUGAUGCUAUUGAAGUCACCGGGAAAUGGCGGUGUCCUCAGAAGAGUAAACCGAACACUGGGCCUCCUUUGAAGCAGCUUCGACUGGAACGUUGGGUUCAUAGGUCAUAGAAGUUUCAAUUAAGGAAAAAGAAUUCAUUCAACUGAGAAAGUUGCUUCAGUGUAUUUUCUUUUGGGUGAUUAGUACUUAAAGUUCUGAUGAUUCAUUGAUUAUCCUGUCAAAGAAAUGACUGAGGUUUUCUGUGGGCUAUGGUCAUUCUGUAAUGCAGUUUAAGUGCCUAAUUUCUGUACAAUUUGUUUAGAUCACAUAUAUAUUAGCAAGGAUAUCUGCAUAUGUUCUGACUUU